AUGGCUUGCUCCUCCUCGGUAGGGAAACUACGUAGAGUCCCAAACCCUCCUCCUUCCAGCAUCAGCAAACUGGUAGGCGAUCUUCUCUUAGAAGUUCUGAUUCGCGUCCCGGACCCGAGGUCCGCCUUCCGCUGCAAACUGGUCUGCAGGCGAUGGAACUCCCUGAUCUCACAACCCUAUUUCAAUCGCCGUUUCGUCUCUCAUCACCAGAGGAUGAACCAAUCUCUGCUUAUUCCCUCACAGGAUCGCGAAUCCGUGAUCUUGAGCUUCCUCCCCAUGCCUGGUUAUUUUGCUGAAGCGUCUUUCCAUGUCAUUGAUUGCUUCAAGGACCUGGUUCUGUGCGGAUUUUGGGCCUCGCCCGACACUGACCCCGGAAUCGUCAGGUCUUGGUUUGUCUGCAAUCCGUUUACCAAGCAAUGGGUAGCCAUUCCUUUAAUGCCUAACAGGUCGAUGGAAGAACGUGGUGGAUUGAUUGCGAGUGGGCGAGUCUACAAAACUAGACGUGUUUUGUUCCGAGUCUGGAGCCUGGACUGA